GGGGAGCUGCAGGCACCGACAUCCCGGGGACCCGCGGCGCUGGCAUCCCGGGGCGCGGCGAGGACCUUAAGAUCGGUAACACAGGGACCGGGGCACCCGCAACCCGGGUAGCCGGGGUACCGGAACCCCCGGGCAUUGCAGGGGUCAGCACCCUGGGGUGCGACGGGGACCCGGGGCAUCGGCAUCCCGGGGUGAGAGGGCAACCGGAGCAGCGGCGUGCAGGGAUGAGCUUGGGGAAGCGAGGCACCGACAUCCCGGGGUAAGCGAGGAGCCGCCGUGGCGGCAUCCACAGCCCGGGAUGCUGCCGGGUGCCGGGGCGCAGGGACUCUCCUCCCCGUCCCUCUGCGGGCGCGUGUAGGGGAGUCCCCGGCCCCGGAGCCUGCCUCCCCCGGGGGCUGCAUGCCCCUCUCCGGGGAACGGAGCACGGAGGUCCCUCUGGAGAGCCGUGCAGGCGCAGUGCGAGACCAGGGAGUGGAGGCUGGCACAGCGCUGGGCUGUGGGUAAUCACCCUCUCCUGCACCCGAGGCGAGCAGGGAGUCCCCCGUCAUCUCCAUCUCCAGCCCUGGGCAUUUUGGUGGCCUCUCAGCGUACAGCAGCAGCUUGUGCUCUGCCUGCAGGGAGCAGCCAGUAGUGGGAAUCCCCCUUCCAUUCUCCCCACUGCCUGCCUGGCAAACCCCCGCACCGCCCGAGGCGAGGCUCGCUCCUCAGCAUCUUGAGACGCUCGGCAGUGAGGAUGGGGCUCUGCAGGGACAAUUUUGGGUGACCAGAAAGCAGAUGUCUCCUCAGUCCUGUCAUAUGGGGACACCACCCAGCAGGAGAUGGGAUGCCACCCAGCCCCACUGCCCCCCUCAGGCACUCAGCAGGGGACCCCCAGUCCUACCCAGUCCCAUGGAUAUCCUGCCCAGGAUCUCCUCGGUGGUUUGCAGCCACCACCCCUGCCCACCCCGGACGUGCACGGUCACAAGCCCCGGGUGACAGGGCGUUUAGGUCUAGGCUACAGGCAAAGGAUAAGAGGUUCCUCCUCCUCUACGCAUUUCUAAUGGCUCCUUUGAGACAAGCCACACGACUCCCUGCUGGGAAGCCUCGCUGAGCUGUGGAACCCGCUCCUGCUCUGCUGAUCAUGGUCAACAAGACCUUAAAUUACUGGGGUCCCAGUUUUGAGGAGGACGUUAUCAACAUCAACGUGGGGGGUCUGAGGAGGCGGCUCAGCUCCAGCGCCCUCUCCAAGUUCCCCGACACCCGCCUGGGGCGGCUGCUCUCCUGCGACUCCGAGGAGUCCAUCCUGCAGCUCUGCGAUGACUACGACGUGAGCGCCAGGGAGUUCUACUUUGACCGAAACCCCGGAUUCUUCCUCUACGUCCUCCACUUCUACCAGACGGGGAAGCUGCACGUCAUGGAGGAGCUGUGCGUCUUCUCCUUCUGCCAGGAGAUCGAGUACUGGGGCAUCAAUGAAUUCUUCCUGGACUCCUGCUGCAGCUACCGCUACCACGAGCGCAAGCUGGAGAGCCGGCACCACAACUGGGAUGAGGAGAGCGAGGUGAGCAGCGUGGACACGUCCCCUGAUGAGAUCUCUGACAUCAACCACGACCUGCUGCGCUACAGCACCCUGCGCUGCGGCAACGUGCGCAAGCGCCUCUGGCUCACCAUGGAGAACCCCGGCUACUCCAUCCCCAGCAAACUCUUCAGCUUUGUGUCCAUCAGCGUGGUGCUGGUGUCCAUAGCCACCAUGUGCAUCCACAGCAUGCCCGAGUACCAGGAUGUGGAUGAGAAUGGCAACGUGCUCGAUGAACCUAUCCUGCACAAGCUGGAGUAUUUCUGCAUCUCCUGGUUCACCUUCGAAGUAUCCUCCCGCCUCCUGCUCUCACCCAACCCCAGGAAGUUCUUCAAGCACCCGCUGAACCUGAUUGACAUUGUCUCAGUGUUGCCCUUCUACUUCACCCUCCUGGUGGACGUGACCAUGGGCAGUGACUCGGAGCUGGGCAACCUGGGCAAGGUGGUGCAGGUGUUUCGGCUCAUGAGGAUAUUCCGGGUGCUGAAGCUGGCUCGGCACUCCACUGGACUGAGGUCACUGGGGGCCACCUUGAAGCACAGCUACCGGGAGGUGGGGAUCCUGCUGCUCUACCUGGCCGUGGGGGUCUCUGUCUUCUCUGGAGUGGCCUACACUGCUGAGAAGGAGGAAGACGUCGGCUUCGACACCAUCCCGGCGUGCUGGUGGUGGGGCACGGUCAGCAUGACCACCGUGGAUUCCUACAACCCUGCUGACCUCAGCAGAAAUUAG